GCCUGCUCCUGCCGGCUCCUGCCUGCUCCUGCCUGCUCCUGCCUGCUCCUGCCGGCUCCUGUCCGCUCCACACCCCUCAGCCUCCUCAUGGCCGCCUCCUCUGCACAGCCCGCCAUGCUGGCCCUGAGUGGGCUGGCGCUGCUCCUGUGCCUUGGCCCGGGUAGCACAAGCGGAAACAAACUCCAGCGGACAGCACAGGAGGUGGAAGCCCCUGCUCCAGCCCAGGCGAAUGUGGCCAUGGGGGAGAACAAGGCCAAGGAGUUCCUGGGUGGCCUUAGACGCCAGCGGCGGCAGCUGUGGGACCGGACACGGCCCGAGGUGCAACAGUGGUACCAGCAGUUCCUGUACAUGGGCUUCGAUGAGGCGAAAUUUGAAGAUGACAUCACCUACUGGCUGAACAGAGACCGGGACGGACAUGACUACUAUGGUGACCUCUACCAGCGUCACUAUGACGAGGACGCAGCCAUCGGUCCCCGGAGCCCCGACAGCUUCAGGCAUGGGGCCAGCGUCAACUACGACGAUUACUAACGGCCCAGGGGCUGGGCCCUGCACCCUGCGCUCCAGGCCCCACCACAGGGCUUCCCUUCCAUACCCUUCACCCUGCUUCCUGGGAGCAGGGCCAGAGCCUAACCCCGAAGCUCAGCUCAGCAUCGAAAUAAAGCAUUUUCUUA